GUCAGGGUGUAGAUUAGUGCCGAAAGGAGUCGACCCCCUGCAUGCGCUAGCUAGGUAGUUUUUUCUACGGAAAAGGGGCUAAGGUGAUUGAUGCCACACAGCCUAGCUAGCUACAAAAGCAACGAAAGCAUAGCAGAGCAGGCAACUUGGAGCCGGAGGCCAAUUAGUAGUGCACCACACCACAACACCACCGCCCUUUAUCCUUCUCUCCCGUGUAAGCAAGGAAUCGAAGGAGCAUACAAGGAAAAAGGGCAAACAAAAGCCCUUUGGUUUGGACCAUUCAUUCAGACACACAGGCACAGCAGUGCCCGCCCAUCGAUCGUCACUUCGUCGUCGUCAGAGGUUAGUUUCACCACAAGGAUACUGAACACUUCGAGAAGCCGCGGCAGGAGGAGGAAGAAGAAGGAGAAGAGGCGAUGGGCGGCGAGGUGAAGCCCGGGGGGAGGGGUCUCAAGAGCUGGGCGCAGCGCCACCUCAACGUCGGCUUCGCCGUCGGCUUCCUCCUCGUGCUGCUCACCUACCUCGUCGUCUCCAGGCAGCUCGCCGUCACCGCGCCCGGCGCUGUCACCACGAAAGCGCCGAGGCUGGCGGAUAAACAGGUGAUCGUCGGAACCGCCGGAGAUGAUGCAGAGGGCGGGAGCAAAAGGCAGCAGGAAUGGCAGCCAAAAGAGGCGGCGGCGGAGGAGGAGGAGGAGGAGUCCGGUGCCGUCCCAACGGAGUCGUCCCCCAAAACAGACGAGGCCGACGUCAAACCGUCCGGUGCAGCAGAGACGACGACGUCGAGCAAGGCCGUGUGCAACACGGACGGCCCGGUCUCGGAGACCUGCGAGCUAGACGGCGACGUCCGGACCAACGGCAGCGCUCGAUCGGUGACCUUCGUGCCAGCGAGCCCGUCGUCGUCGGAGCGCCGGGAGUGGAAGGUCCGGCCGUACUCGCGCCGGACCAUGUCCGGCGUCGACAGGGUCACCGUGACGCAGCUGGAGUCCCCGGCGGCGGCGUCGCCACCGCCCGCGGCGUGCGCGGUGACCCACGACGUGCCGGGCGUGCUGUUCGCGCUCGGCGGGCUGACGGGCAACUACUGGCACGACUUCAGCGACGUGCUGGUGCCGCUGUUCGCCGCGUCGCGGCGGUACAAGGGCGAGGUCCUGUUCCUGGUCAGCAACAUCCAGCCGUGGUGGCUGGGCAAGUACGAGGCCGUCGUGCGCGCGCUGUCCAGGUACGACGCCGUCGACCUGGACCGGGACGCGCGGGUGCGCUGCUUCCGCCACCUCACCGUGGGGCUCCGCCUGCACAAGGAGCUCACCAUCGUGCCGGACCUUGCGCCGGACCGCCUGACCAUGGCCGACUUCACGGCGUUCCUGCGCGAGACGUACGCGCUGCCGCGCGGCGCGCCGGCGAUCCCGACGACGGAGGAGGGGAGGAAGCCGCGGCUGCUGCUGAUCCACCGCGCGCACUACCGGCGGUUCGUGAACGUGCCGGAGAUCAGGCGCGCGGCGGAGUCGGCGGGGUUCGAGGUGACCGUGGCGAGCCCGCGCGGCGACGCGCCCGUGGAGGAGACGGCGCGGACGGUGAACUCGCACGACGUGCUGCUGGGCGUGCACGGCGCCGGGCUGACGAACGCGGUCUUCCUCCCCGCCGGCGGCGUGGUGAUCCAGGUGGUUCCCUACGGGCGGCUGGAGCGCAUGGCGCGGACGGACUUCGGCGAGCCCGUGGCGGACAUGGGCCUCCGGUACCUGGAGUACGGCGUGGCGGCGGAGGAGAGCACGCUGCUGGAGAUGCUGGGGCCGGAGCACCCGGUGAUCAAGGACCCGGAGGCCAUCCACCGCAGCGGGUGGGACAAGGUCGCCGAGUACUACCUCGGGAAGCAGGACGUGCGCAUCGACGUCAACCGCUUCGCGCCCACGCUUGCGCAGGCCAUGGACCACCUGCGGCACCGGCACCGGCACCGGCAGCAGUGAGCCGUGUCUGUCUGUCGACGCCUCGACGGCGACGCCUUCAAUUCGUUUGAUUGGCCGGCCGGACAAGAACAUGCCGCACAUGGAUACGUACAUCACGCAUCUCACUGUCACACAACCCGACGCAUAUGCAAAUUUGCGUUUUGCAGAUAGGUUUAGGCUCCAAACUGUAAGUCAUCGAUUUGUUUGGUUUGGUACAGAAUCGAGCGACGUAUUCUUUUGUUGUCUCUGUCUGAAUCGUAUAGAUGAAUGUGUUGUUGGUUUAUCGAGUGAGUCGCUAGAUUAGCUGCGAAAUGUAGUUGUUUUGUUUGUUCGUUUUAUGUUUGGCCGUCAAUUAUGGCACGGUUGGUAAACGACAUGUACUAGUAGUUGUACCAACCUCUGUAUGUACAUUUCGCCCAAUGAUACUGAUUUAUUUAUUGUAAGAGAAAAGCGUUAUUUCUUUGCUGAAAA